AUGUCACUUGCAUCGCCAACGCCAAUGAGCAACUCAUAUUUCGCCUCACAACCAUACCAUCAAGUUAAUAGGUCGACACAUGAAAAUAAAUACCCAAAGACGCGUUCAAUAGGAUCCAAAGAAUUAUCACCAAAACCAUACAGCUUAGGGGACAGCUCAGAUGACGAAAUUCCGGUACCUAUUUUCAAGUGUAGUGCUCUAACAAAUGCGCUCCUCGAUGGCGGUUAUGCCGGCACAGACAAGAGCGCUUCCGAGCAUAAGAGAGCCACGCCAGAAUUGGCUGCUGAAAUUGCGCAAGUAAGGGGAGGAAGUGUUGAUUUAGUGGACGAGAGACCGUCGCCAUCUAUAAUCAGGGAGCCUAACUGUUAUCCAAAGCGCAAAGUCCGAUUAAGUCGGACCCCUGGAUCUUCAGUAAUCCAAAGAUCAAAGUCAGUAUCCAUAGCAGCUCAACCAAACGAAGUAAUAGGUGCAAAAUGCUUAGAAGGCCCAGCAGGUUGGCCACUUGACCUCAGUACGCCAGCACCUGCCCCCAAGAGAACAGUUAGGCUACCAGUUUCAUCUGGAAGACGCUCGGGUCCAGAAAAUUCAGCACCGCAGCCGGAAGAAGCGGAAAUAGGCUUUGUAGAAAAUCCAUCAACAAUUACUCGACAGAACCCUGCAGGAAAUCAGGCAUCUCAAGUAAAUAUUGGAUUAUCUACAAUUGGGCGUACAAGAUACGGAGAGGACGCUGGUGUGAAAAAAGUUGCUGGGGCCUUUAUGAGUAUCAGACCAAGGAGGGGAAGGAGACGUGUAAGCGAUGAAAAUCAUAGUCCAGCGGAGGAAAUCGAUAUGCCUUUGAGUCUCAAAUCACAAAAUCUGGAAGUUAACCAGCCAGAAAAACAAGCACUCAAUGAAGCCCAAAUACAAGAAUUACAAACAAAUUAUAGGCCAAUUUUAAAGUCUCGCUACCGCUCUGGAAGUCCAUUGAGUGCAAAUGAACCUCUUCCCAGUAUAAUCAGGCGGUCUAAAUCACCUUCACCCGAGAUUUAUUCUUGUUCACGUCCAGCCCCGCUACAACCAGCAGUCUCUCAGCUACCUGCACAGCCAAUUUAUAAUAUACCAUCCUUGCGGCCAAUUCUACCUUCGAAACAAAAUCAAGAAAAUGAAGCGCCCCCAACUUUCAAACGAAAACAGCCAGUUAGUCUCAUGCACUUAAGCAAGAUGGAAGAGGUUCAGGCUCAAGUUGACGGCUUGAAGCUACAAUCAAAUCGCGUAGAUUCACCUAUUCGUCGUCAACCACUGGCCCCUAAGAGUGAAAAUACCCCUCGGAGGCCCGCACCACCACCACCAAAAAUGACUCUUCUUGAGACAGCCACAUCUACUGCUGGAGCUGCAACCACUUCUAAUGCCUCAUCCAAAAGGAAUCGGUUAAAGAUAAACGGCAAGGCAUUUACCCGGUUGGACUGUAUCGGACGCGGAGGUAGCUCGAGGGUUUAUCGUGUGAUGGCAGAGAACUCAAAAUUUUUUGCUCUAAAGAAAGUCUCGCUUGAAAAUGCCGACGAAAGUGCGGUCCAAGGCUUCAAAGGCGAGAUUGACUUACUACGGAAGCUGGAAAGCGUAGAAAGGGUUAUUAGACUAUACGAUUAUGAAUUGAACGAGGAUAAAGGUGUCCUUACAGUUCUCAUGGAAAUGGGCGAGCUAGAUCUCAACAAAAUUCUCGAAGUGAGAUUGAAGUCUGAGAACGCCAAGUUUGAUCCUAGUUUUGUCCGGCAUUAUUGGAAAGAAAUGCUAGAAUGUCUACAGGCAAUACACGAUCACGAUAUUGUACAUUCUGACCUGAAACCUCAUAAUUUUGUCCUUGUACAAGGUCGAUUAAAGCUCAUUGAUUUUGGCAUUGCAAAUGCUAUUCAAACAGACGAAACUGUCAACGUGCAUCGAGAUACCCAGAUCGGCACGCCUAAUUACAUGUCACCGGAAUCUCUCAUCGACUCUAACGCUAAAUCUGAUGUCAGGGGAUAUAUUGCCAAUGCUCCAAAACUUAUGAAGCUUGGAAAGCCAAGUGAUAUAUGGAGUCUUGGCUGUAUCCUUUACCAAAUGACCUACGGUCGUGCUCCUUUCAGUCACAUCCAGAAUCAGAUGCAACGAUGCCACGCUAUCAUUGAUCAUAAAUACGCAAUUGAAUACCCUGCUUUGGGUGUGGGCAAUAUUUCUAUUCCUAAUUCUCUUGUCCACACUCUCAAGAGAUGUCUCAACCGAGACCAACAUCAACGACCAUCAGCCCCCGAGCUACUCCAACUCAGUGAUCCUUUCCUCUAUCCCACAGAGUUUGAAGUGGGAGUAGUACCGAUGACAGAGGAGCUCUUGGGACGCAUUCUCCUCAACGUUGGCGCUAAAUUCAAAAAUAAGACGCCAACUGAUGCCGAGCUGUUGAAAGUCUGGCCACAGGGUUACUUUGAUCGGCUACGGAAAAAUAUGGCCGAGGGCCGCGCCCUCUAG